AUGUCUGGCUCUUUUUCACAGUUGCUUUUAUGCAUGGUUGGCAUUUAUGGAUCCUUCCUUUCAUGGGCCGUCAUGCAAGAGAAGAUUAUCACUCGAACCUAUGAUGGAGAGAGAUUUCGUUGUCCUGUAUUGCUUACGCUAGCCCAGGCUAUGACAACGGUUUUAUGUGGAUUUGUCUGGAAUUGGUUACAUGGAGUACGAACAAAAGGCUUGGCCGAACCCAAAUUCCUUGGCUACUUUGCUGGCAUUGCUCUUUCCUCAAGCUUAAGCUCUUACUUUGGAUACGCCAGUAUGUUUCAUUUGUCAUACCCAACGGUGAUUCUUGGGAAAUCAUGUAAGCUCUUGCCCGUCAUAGCCCUUCAUGUUUUUCUUUACAAACGCAGGUUCCCUCCUCACAAAUACCUAAUUGUCUCAAUGAUUACCUCUGGAGUCACUGUAUUCAGUUACUUUCAGAGCGCUGGCUCGAAAAGUAAGCAUGCUGAGAAUGACAGUUUAUUGGGCUUGGUUCUCUUGUUUUUUAAUUUACUUAUGGACGGGAUUACAAACACCACCCAAGACAGAGUCUUUGGUAAAUACAAGCUUUCAAGCACUAGUAUGAUGAUUGCUGUCAAUUUGGGCAUUGCCUGCAUGAAUGCACUAUACUUUUUAUCGCCUUUUUCGAAUCAACGGGAAGCUUUGGCAUUUUUACAAGCUCAUCCUUCCAUAAUUCGUGACAUUGUAAUGUUUGCGAUUACUGGAUCUGUCGGUCAGUUAUUUAUAUUCUAUACUUUAGAAAAAUUUGGUAGCAUUACAUUAGUGACGAUUACUUUGACACGAAAAAUUUUUACAAUGCUUCUUAGUAUUGUUUAUUUCCAUCAUCCUGUUUCUUUGCUUCAAUGGGUUGGCAUCGCACUCGUAUUUCUAGGAAUCUCAACGGAAGCUUCCUUGAAGAUUACCACUAAAACCAAUUCAAAAGAACAGAAAGCAAAAUAG